UCAAAGUGCGCAUGGAAAAAGAGCUAUAACUCUGUCCCUUAUAUAUAAAGACACCUUGGUCAAUGGUAGGCCAAAGAUAUACAAGGAGCCGACCACAUCAGCUCUCAAAAUUACACAAGAGAACGCUUGUCUGCAUGAGAGCAAGCCAUUAUAUCCCUUUGCUACUACUGUAGCACGCCGCUAGGCAACAAGCACUAAUAAAAAAAAGAAAAAAAAAAACAGAAGAAGGGGCAGACUUUAUAUAUUUCAGCGCUUGAACUGCAGAGAUAUAUGUACACACAUAUAUAUAUGGUUGUAGUUGUUUUAGACCCUUGCAGUUCCUCACUUUCUUCUUGUACUUUUGCACAAUUUUUUCCCACAACUUAAAUUUGACCCACAAAUUAGACACAACUUCUAAAGCAGCAUAUACUUAAAAUACCAAAUGGCCUUUUAUAUUUUCUUCUUUGGGUUAGUCUUAUCUUUUUCUUUGUCAGUUGUCAAUGUCAUUGCAUCUGAUCAUAGUCCGCUUCAAGAUUUCUGCGUUGCAGACACGAGAAGUCGAGUGCUGGUUAAUGGCCUAGCUUGCAAGGACCCCAAGACAGUUGAAGCUGCUGAUUUUUCAUUUGGUGGGCUUCAUUUAGAAGGCAACACAUCAAACCCAAUUGGGUCAAGUGUAACACCAGUAACUGUGUUUCAGCUACCAGGACUCAACACUCUCGGCAUUUCUCUUGUCCGUAUCGACUAUGCACCAUCAGGUGUCAAUCCUCCGCACACUCAUCCUCGCGCCUCCGAAAUUAUCACAGUCCUGGAAGGCAGCCUUGAAGUUGGGUUUGUGACAUCGAGCCCCGAAAAUCGUCACAUCACCAAGGUGUUGCAGAAGGGUGAUGUGUUUGUUUUCCCCAUUGGACUUGUGCACUAUCAGAGAAAUGUAGGAUCCGGUCAUGCUGUUGCUAUUGUAGCUCUCAGCAGCCAAAAUCCAGGUGUGGUGAUAAUUGCUAGUGCUGUGUUUGGGUCCAAGCCUUGCAUUGCCAAUGACAUUCUUGUGAAGGCAUUUCAUGUUGAUAAAGGUGUUAUCAAUUACCUCCAUUCUAUAUUCUGAAUAAGUGAACCAACCUCAUUUGAAUAUAAGGGGUGGAUUUUUACCCUGCUAUUCAAUUAUUUUGUACUAUGGUCAUGAAGAGGAAACUAUAUAGACAGUGAUUAAAGAACUCUAUCCCAAAGUUAUAUAUUGAUUGUA